AUGCGGCACUUUCGCAAGGAGCUCUUAGAUGAUAUUGGAUACCAAAAGUUCAGUAUUAUAAUGGAUGAGUCCACAGACGUCAGUGUCAGUAAACACCUUGGUCUUGUAAUUAGGUAUUAUAGUGCCGCACAGGAAAGGAUAGUAAGCAUAUUCCUGGAACUAGUUUCUAUUGGAAGUGCAGAUGCUAGGGGAAUCGUUAAUGGCUUGGUAUCAUGCUUAGAGAAUUACAACCUAGAUAUCAAACAAAUGAUUGGAAUUGGAACUGAAUCCGUGAGCCAGAGAAUUUUAAUACCAAGACCUGUAAACAGAAACUUAUUAGAUCCAAUAGCUGACAGGGAUAUUAACCCUAGGCCUUAUCUUGGCUACAUGUUUGAAACUGCUCAACAUAAUUUAGACUCCGAAAUUUUAAAUGCAAUACGACAACGCUGCUCCACCUUCUUACUGCAAUUACUUAAGGAAUUGCAACAAAGGCUUCCAGACAACUACAAGCAGCUAGAAUCAAUGGCGUUGCUAAGUCCAGAGGAGGCAAUAAAACCAAUCAAAUUAAACACUAUCAUCGACGUUGAUGAAAUUUUGGGAUUUACACUAGAAACAAUAGACAAGAUAAUGCAACAGUAG